AGAGAUGCCAAAGUUCAACGACGACGUCUGUUAUUUCUCCGAGGAUGACAAGUUCUUCCUUAUCGAUCUCAUGCAAGAACAGAAGGUCCUUUGGCUUGAAGAUCACUGCGAUUACAAGAACAGUGCUGUGCGGAUGAGGAAAUGGCACGAGAUACAACAAGCUUUCGGACAGAGAGGCAAACAAAUACCAAUUGUGGAGCUCCAAAAGCAUUGGAGAACGCUGCGCGAUACCUACGUUAGGAAGCAGCGUUACAUGAAAGAAGCAGUUCAAGUACCAAAUGGUGUGGAAUCAAGGGUGACAAGAAGAAUCAUGGCAUGGCCAUUCUAUGAACGCAUGGCCUUCCUCUCUGCAGCAACAGAGAACAGUUGCUCGCGACGAUAUCGCUCAUCGCCGAAAAGGGAACUCGAUAGUUCUCCAAAGCCAGACUUACCUUGCACUUCCGAGAAAGAAGAAAAACAAGUGAAGGAAAAUGAAAACGCCUUAUCCAUGCUGGAGGCUUUUGCACGUGACCUCAACAAUCAGGCAUCACCUCCUGGUGAUGAGUGGGACAUUUUAGGUGCAUCGCUGAGCAUUCGACUUCGAGAACUGGCAGCCAGCGAUCGUAUGAAAGCUCAAGAGUAUCGUCUGGAAGUGGACCAACUGAUUCUCAACAUCGGGAAAAGCAUCAUCGAAUGUUCGCGAAGCAAGCAAUGACAUUUGCAGAGCGUCUGUAGUCAAAACAGGCGUAAAUCACUCUUUGCGCGAAGUGCCAAAAGGAGAAGACAGGUACGAUGGAGAAGAUGUGGAAGACGAUGCGACCAAGUAAUUGUUGCUAUCAAAGUGAUUCAUUCAUUGUAACUGUGCAUUUUCAUAGUUCAUUUAUGCUUAUGUUUUAAUUUCUUGAUCUAGAAACUCUUUUGUUUCAGUUAUACUUUUGUUUUGCAUACUG